CGAAAAUCGAUUGUCACGUGUUUUUCGUAACUUCCUCUAGCAAAACAAACAUCAAACGCAACGUUGGAAGUCCUUGUGAAGCGCAGAACAGUGGAAUCUUAACAAGAAAAACAUUGUUACUCGCUCAAGUUUCGGGAUAAAUAACCCCGGUGAGAAUGCCCGAACAGCAGAUUCCGGAUGGGGAGAGAUCCUCAUCGAACUCCUCCCCGGAACCAGUGUCGCGAGAGCAGUUGCCAAGUGAAGCCAGCCGCGAAGAGGGAACCAACAAUGCACACGAGCAGGAGCACCAUUAUGUGGCGAUUCGAAAUUUGAUGAACCGAAACCGAACGGCGCGAAAUGGAAUUCGUCCAGCUAUACCAAAUAUCCCGUUUGAGCGAUCCUUCGUUCCAGCCCCCACCAGGUACUACCCGAUUGUAAUUCCCGCGGAGCCCACAAUUGAAGAUUUGCUGCGUCAAGCUGCUGGCACCAGUGAGCUGUUCGGCGUCAGCGAAAUUAAGCUGAAGGUGAUUUCCCACAUGACCAGUCUGCAAAGGAUUCCAUUCUUCAUACCUAAUCUGCGAAGGCUUAUUCUCGAGGGAAGUAUCGUUACGACCUUGAGAGAUUUGGGGUGCGAUAUGACUUCGCUUGUUUAUCUCAACGUGAGUCGAUGCAGUUUGAAAAAUCUGGAUGGAACGAGCGGACUGGAGACUCUCGAGGAACUUGUGGCCGAUUACAACCUCAUCGAGGAGGUUGGCCCUUGCAGCAAUUUGGUGCUGAUCAAAAAAAUUAGUCUAAAAGGGAAUCGUAUCACCGAUCUCGGAAGCUGUACUUUCCUCGCUCUCUGUGAAAAUCUAGAAUCAUUAGAUUUGCGGGAAAACUUUGUGUCCGAGCACCCGUCAUUCCGUUACACACUGAAGGAGAAUAUUCCACGCCUUCGGAGCUUGAAUGAAGUUCCAUUUUCAGAGGUAGUACACGACGAAAACUCCGAGCUGUCUAGCUCGGAAUAUCGCUCCAGUUCUCCAAGUAACGGUGAUGUUGACCGUCGUGGUCAUUGGGACACCGGUGGGAUAGGAGACGGGACAUGGAAUGCGCACCAGCUUCGUCCGGCCAGCAGUCAACAGGAGAGGACCGUUACAGUCGAGCUGCUGGACAAUGAGAGACCCGCGACGGCUGAUACGGGUAAAAUUAAAGGUCAGCUAACAUCGGGAGAGCCACUAUGUGGAACUAUCGUGACGAAAGCUCGCCGAGCUCUCAGACAACGAACGGCUUGGGGAGAAUCCACGUCCUGUUCCAGCAUGAGUAGCUCAGAUUCUUCCUAUUCGAAGGAUUUCCCCGAUCGAUUGCCACAGAAAGCUGUAGAUCUAGAAUUGGGAGUUAUCGGGAUGCAAGAUCACGCUGGGAAAUCGGCCAGCGUCACUGGAAAUGACGCGCAGAAUUUACUCCGAGCAGCCCGACUCUGGCGUCAACGUUCCCUGCAGACGCGGGAAUCAAUCCGGGAACACGACCAACGCCACGAAAGCGAAGGUUAAAUUUGUUUUGUAUGAAUAUAAGAUGAAUAUUGUUGACACGAUAGGUGCAUAUUUUAUUAGCUCAAAUAGGGACAAUAGUGGAAAAUCGAAUAUUUUAUAUUCUGUGCAAAU